GAUUUGGAGGUUAUUUAGUUAGGUUUAUAGUAGUACAUCUACAGAUUAAUAUGAUUUGGAAACGUAGGCAUACCUGCUGGCGAAAAUAAUUGAAAAGAGAAAGAAAGAGAAGGAGGAGAGAGUAAAACGACAGCGUUGGUUUCGUCCCCAGGAAAGCAUUAGAAUUGCGGUGGAGGAGGAUCCGUCAUCCCUCGCAUAGCAUUAGCUUUGCAGAGGUCAUCAAAUCGAACCUCCAUUCCCGCGUUCCCCCAACGCUUCUCUCCAUUUCACGCUAUUUUCACCCUAAACUUUUGUUUCUUUCAUUUCAUUUGUAGCUCAAGCUUUUCAUUCUUCAAUUAUGAGUUCCACCCCUUCCAAUACCAUCUCCAUUUUUUGAUUCCUCGAUCCAACGCAUUCAUUAAGCGUUCGAGAUGGCAUGGUUUAGUGGGAAAAAUGCGUGGGGGAACUUCCCUGAUUUGGCUGGAGCCGUGAAUAAGCUUCAGGAGAGUGUGAAGAGUAUUGAGAAGAAUUUUGAUUCCGCUCUUGGCUUCGAAGAGAAGUCUGAAUCCAGCAAUGAAGCUGCAGGAUCAUGGCCGAUGUCCACUGACACGAAAACACUAUUUAAUCCUGUUAUGGCCUUUAUGGGGAACAAAAGUGAGGAAACUAGAGAAGAAAUGUCUGAAAAUGCUGAAUCCUCUCAACACGAGUCUGAAAUCGAGAAGUCUCCAGAACGACCUGAGUCUCUGGAUCAUACACCUGUGGCUGAGGGAAAAGAAGCCCUCGAAACUGAUAACGCAGUCCAAAUGGAAGCUGAAGAAACCACUGUUCGAGAAGAAAAUAAAGUGCUUAAGGUAGAAGAAGAUGGUGAGCGUACAGAGUCAGCAGAUGAAACAAUUGCACAGAAUUUGCAAGAUGGAAAGGAACACCAGUUACUGGAGAUGCGUGUAGAAUUGUCUGAAUCCCCAAUGCAGAAGCAUGAUAGUUUGGAUUCUGUUGAUCAUCCUAGAGAGGCAGAGACUGCUGAAGUGGAAGCCUCUGGGAGUCCAGUCUUGGUGCAACCCAUGAUUUCUCAUAUUGAGGACAACUUAGUUGAGGGUGUUACUAGUGAGCCUGGUGAGGUACAUGGUAUUAAUGAUGGGCAUGAAAGUUUUCAAGUCACGACAAAAGAGGAGAGUAAAGAAGAAGAAGAGAGGAUGCAAGACGAAGAAAGCGCAAAGAGAAUUUCUUCUGUUCAACCCGAGGCAUCAGGUGACAGUGAGAAAAGAGAUGAUACCGACACUUCUGUUCUAUAUUCUGUGGCUUCUGAGGAAACCAAUAGGAUUGAUCAAUCAUAUAAUGAAAGCUUGUCCAGUGCUACUCCCCUGCAUGAACCUUCUGAGGUGAUAUCAGUAUUUGUUUCACAUGACCAUGGAGCUAGUGUUAAAGAAAAUGAAAAAAACCACUUUACCAACGAUGUUGAAACUGAUAUGAAAGAGCAGCAUUUGAGUUCUGCAAGAACUAUGUCUGACUCAGGUUCCAUGCUUGAACUAGAGAAGGUGAAGAUGGAGAUGAAAAUGAUGGAAGCUGCACUACAAGGUGCUGCAAGACAAGCUCAGGCUAAAGCUGAUGAGAUUGCAAAAUUGAUGAAUGAAAAUGAACAAUUAAAAACUCUGAUUGAGGAUCUCAAGAGAAAAUCCAAUGAGGCCGAAGUUGAGUCCUUGCGAGAGGAAUACCAUCAGAGGGUUGCAACUCUUGAGAGAAAGGUUUAUGCUCUUACUAAGGAAAGGGAUACACUUCGCCGAGAGCAGAGUAAAAAAAGUGAUGCAGCUGCUCUCUUGAAGGAAAAGGAUGAAAUAAUUAAUCAAGUUAUGGCAGAAGGUGAAGAGCUUUCCAAAAAGCAGGCUGCUCAAGAAUCUACAAUUAGGAAACUAAGGGCUCAGAUUAGAGAUCUUGAGGAGGAGAAGAAAGGUUUGAAUACUAAACUUCAGGUAGAGGAGAAUAAAGUAGAAAGUAUCAAAAGGGACAAGACAGCUACAGAGAAGUUAUUACAAGAAACAAUAGAAAAACAUCAAAAUGAAAUUGCAGCACAGAAAGAAUAUUAUACUAAUGCUUUGGCUGCUGCUAAGGAGGCUGAAGCAUUAGCAGAGGCUCGUGCGAACAAUGAAGCAAGAACUGAGCUAGAGAGUCGUCUAAGAGAAGCUGAGGAACGUGAAUCUAUGCUAGUCCAGGCACUUGAAGAAUUGAGGCAAACAUUAAGUAGAAAGGAACAACAGGCGGUCUUCAAAGAAGACAUGCUUCGCAGAGACAUUGAGGAUCUUCAAAAACGCUACCAGGCUAGUGAAAGAAGGUGUGAGGAACUGAUUACACAAGUUCCAGAAUCCACAAGGCCACUUUUAAGGCAAAUUGAAGCCAUGCAGGAAACAAAUGCCAGAAGAGCUGAAGCUUGGGCUACUGUUGAAAGAACUCUCAAUUCUCGACUUCAGGAAGCUGAGGCUAAAGCUGCAACUGCUGAGGAGAGAGAGCGAUCUGUGAAUGAACGCUUAUCUCAAACCUUGUCUCGAAUUAAUGUCCUUGAGGCUCAGAUUUCAUGUCUUAGGGCAGAACAGACUCAGUUAAGCAGGACCCUAGAAAAGGAGCGACAAAGGGCAGCUGAAAGUAGGCAGGAAUAUCUUGCUGUAAAGGAGGAGGCUGACACUCAAGAAGGCCGUGUGAGACAGCUUGAGGAAGAGAUUAGAGAAAUUAGACAGAAAAACAAGCAAGAGUUACAUGAUGCAUUGAUACACAGGGAGCUUCUUCAGCAGGAGAUAGAAAAAGAAAAGGCUGCUCGAUUGGAGCUAGAGAGAACUGUUCGUGUUAAUUCUGUGCCAUUAUCAGAUCAAACUCCCUCUACGAAGCUACCUUCUGCUUUUGAGAAUGGAAACCUGUCUCGGAAAGUCUCUAGUGCAAGUUCCCUGGGAAGCUUGGAGGAAAGCCACUUUCUGCAAGCAUCAUUGGACUCAUCUGACAGUAUUUCUGAUAGGAGAAACCAUGGAGAACUAAACAUGAGUCCUUACUAUAUAAAGAGUAUGACGCCUAGUUCUUUUGAAGCUGCACUUCGUCAGAAGGAGGGUGAACUUGCUUCAUACAUGUCACGCUUGGCAUCAUUGGAAUCUAUUCGAGAUUCUCUUGCUGAGGAGUUGGUCAAAAUGACAGCACAGUGUGAAAAGUUGCGUGGGGAGGCUGUUGUAUUACCUGGCUUAAGAUCAGAGCUAGAAGCACUAAGGAGGAGGCACUCUGCUGCUUUGGAAUUGAUGGGUGAACGUGAUGAAGAGCUGGAGGAACUUCGUGCGGAUAUUGUAGACUUGAAGGAAAUGUACAGAGAACAAGUGAACUUACUCGUUAACAAGAUCCAGAUAAUGAGUUCAUCAAUGGGUAACACCUAAUUUGGUCGAAGAAGGGGCUGGGAAUUGGAGAGGGUAUUGUCUAGCAACUGUUUGAGAUGGUCAUGACCGUGUCUCUGAGCUGCGUGUGAUAUCAAUUGACACAGUAAUAGUGUAUUGAAGAUUAGAUCCUUUGGCUUCAGGAGAACGAUUCCAUCAGGUCCUCAUUGGAAAUUUUAUAUUGUGCUGCCUGGGCAACGGAUGCUGAUAGUCAAUCCUUGUUAAGGGAAUGUUGUAUAGUCGUCCUUUUUAUACCGUAUUCAAACUUCGCAAGAUCCAAAGAAUCUUCUUACUGAGAUUGUUGACAAUUCCCCCCGGAGUGUGUAUAACGUUCCAAAUAAACAAAAGAGGAGCACUAGCUAAAACGAGUGUUUUUUCGAGUGCUAGAAAAUAUAUAUUCCUUUGAAUUUGUGACCAUGUUGGACAUUUCAUUUUUUGCCCCACUUUGUCAUACUAAUUAAUUUGUGCGUUUUAUCUAUUAAAAAAUAACAAUUAAU